AAAAGGGGCUGAGCCCCUUCACAGUCUAAGGCCGAACAACCUCAUCGCCCGGCUAUCCUCAUCUCCCGGACAUGCCGUAGCCGGGGUCGGUUGACUCGGUUCGCAGAGGCACGGCCCGCCAUGUGUGUCCAGCCACGUCUCGGGGCCAAGCGCAAGCACAGCCAGCAAUCAACCAAGCAGUAGGACAUCCUUUAGCCACAAGCAACAACACUCCUGACUGCUGUGGCCUACAACAUACGCUGCUGUGCUAUGCUCGCCAGCAAAGACCGCUAACCAGACACCGACCGGCCUCAACCUGCGCGGCGGCGCCGCUUCUUGGGCGACGCCGCGCUGUCCUCCUCCGCGUGGCCUUGCUCGCCCCCUCCGCUACGCACAUGCGCACCGCAACUGCUGGGCCCAGGGCCGCUACCGCUGCUGCUGCUGCUGCUGCUGCUGCUGCUGCUGCUGCUGCUGCUGCUGGUGGUGGGGCCAGGCCCUCCACCACCGCCGCCACCGCCACCGCGGCGCAGGGCGCAGGCCGCGCUCUAGCUACCAAGCAGCAUCUCCAUCAGCGCGUGCCGUCGGAGAAACCCAGCUAGGGCUAUUACAGAGUACGUAUACGUAGUGGGGGAACGGGGUGAGGCACGCAUACGUAGUGGGGGGAAGGGGCUAGGUACGUGUACGUACAUGGGCAGUUACGCUGUGCAAGGAACAAGUCGGGACAUCCAUGGGCAUCCCAAGAGAUGCCGAGCCGGGAUGAUGGGCACCAGCGCACGGUUCCACCCUGGACUCUGACUCGACAACCCGUGCGCAACAUCCCAACAUCGCGACAUCUGUGGAUUUGGCCCUGAUCCCAGCAUUCAGCAGCAAUUGCGAGGACAGGCAUGAGCACACGGCUGGUCGAACGUUGGAGCAAAUGUGGCUGCUGCAGGCUGCUGUAGGGAGAAGGCAGCAAGUGCACGGCCGUGCAAUGAGAGGACAGGGGCCAGAGGCCAGUCUCCAUGGGGCUUGAUAUCAGGUACAUAUAACAUCGUCACAUGUUUGGUAGGGUAACCUGGGAGCG